AUGGGGGAUCGCGCUCAACGCCAGCCAUCUAGGCUACGAGCUGCGGCAAAUGUUAUGCCAUGGAUUAUGCUGACUGCAGAGUCUACGGCGUUUGUGUUGCUAGCUCACUAUUCACGAGUCAUGCCCCCCGCCGGUGGUAAACGUUACCUGACCUCGACUGCAGUCUUUCUCGCCGAAGUGCUCAAGCUGGCCAUAUCGCUCACAAUGGCGCUCUAUGACGUCUCCAAGGCCGCACCACCCUCAAUGCCCGCUACAUCCCUCUUCUUCUCCCUCACAAGCGCAGUGUUCUCAGGCGAUAGCUGGAAACUCGCUAUACCUGCCUGUCUCGACGUCUUGUCCAACUCCCUCCUAUACAUUGCGCUCUCCAACCUGCGGGCUGCAACCUUCCAGAUUACAUUUCAGCUGAAGUUCCUUACUACUGCGAUCUUUGGCCUGAUGCUCCUGAAACGGAGCAUCCCCCUCCGAAAGUGGGGCCUACUUUUACUUCUUGUGGUGGGUGUGGCGUUGGUGCAAAUCCCCGAUGCUAGCCCAGAACAGAUGUUGCAGGAUGACCAAGCCAAUCACCACUUCCCGCGAUCUUUGGAUGAAUGGAAAGCUGUCAAGCUAGGUGCUGGUUCCGGUAGUAGUUUGCACAAGCGGUCUGCGACAUACGAAGGUAUCGAGGAGGAUAUCCUGACGGCCGACCCACACUUGAACCCCACUAUUGGUCUCCUUGCGACCAUCGGAGCGUCCUUGGCAUCCGGGCUAGCCAGCAUUUAUUUCGAGAAAGUCCUCAAGGACAGUUCGAACCAUAUCUCAUUGUGGGUCCGCAAUGUGCAGUUGGCUGUCUACUCUGUCUUUCCGGCUCUCUUCAUUGGAAUUGUCUUCCAGGAUGGCGAGAAAAUCGCCGAAAAUGGCUUCUUCCAGGGCUACAAUUGGGCGGUGUGGUCCACCAUUAUCAUCCAGGCUUUGGGGGGUAUCGUGUCGGCAUUCUACGUCAGCCAUGCGCAGAAGGAUGCAAGGAGUUUAGCGACAACCGCCAACAUCAUUUUGAGCAUUGUCGGAAGUAUCUGGUUAUUUGACUUCGAAAUCACUGCAAGCUUCCUCCUGGGCUCAGCUGCAGUCCUGGUAGCAACCCACUACUAUGGAAACCCCACCUUCAAUCCUGCGGUGGGUGCGUCUCGUCCCCCUCCAAUCCACAUCGACGCCUAUGAAAAGGGUCCUGCUGGUCCCGAGGGUUCGCCUGUGGCACCGUCCAAUGACUUCUCUAUCAAACUUCCAACCACACCUUUCCUCUCUGAUGGAAUGUCAUCAUCCCGUCCUACCUCGCCAAGACCAGGCCAUACUAGAGUGAGUUCUAGCCGGAAUGUAAGCGCAAACGGCUAUUUCGACGAGAAAUGA